CCUACACCCUUACCUCAAGAUGACAUUCACUAAAGAUGAAUACCUAGGACCUAGGUACUAGGUAAAUAACUAACCAUAAUAACCAAGGCCAUAUCCAGGGUGUUUAGAGACAAUGGCCGAUUUUCGUAUAUUUACAUCCAUCCGAUAUGACCCGGAACUCUUGAAAGUUCCUAGUCUCGGGUUUACGAAUAUUGGAUGGAAUUCAAAGUCUUCGCCCUUCUAUAUGCUCGACUUACAUCGAGACCGCAUGCUAAGAGCAGCUAUUCACUGGGACUGGGUGGCUGCUGUAGCCAUUAUUUCUGGGGAAGAGGGUUUAGAAAACUUCGAAAGAUUCCUCCAGAGCGCUGCUGCCGAUCUGGUCAAUGGACCCCAUCGAUUAAUGAUCACUCUAGCUCGGGAUGGAACCUUAGGUUAUGAAACAUCCUCGCUCCCGGGGACACACUUGAAUAACUUACACCCUGGAUACCUGCCGAGCAAGUAUUCUGACUUUGAGUCUUCAGCAUUAGCUACGGAAAGCAAAGUUCCAAUCAAAGAUACCGUUUACGACAUCUUUCUUGAUAGUAAAAUGACAACAAAGUCCGAAUUUACUCAUUAUAAAACUACCAUCAGAGAUAUGUAUAACGAUGCAAGGAAGCGAGCUCAAGUAAACCCGGGCGAUAAUAAGGAGGUGCUUCUUGUCAACGACGAUGGGUUUAUCAUGGAGGGCACCAUUAGUACCCCCUAUUUCUGGAGAAACGGGAAAUGGGUCACUCCUCCUGUUCCAAAGAAGUUCGACACCGUUCAAGGAAGCGGUGGGAACGACGGAACUACUAGAAGAUGGGCCCUGGAGAGGGAUCUUGUAGCCGAGGAAGCUGUCCUUGCUGAUUCACUGGUAGACGGUGAAGAAUGCUGGAUAAGUAACGGUCUUCGUGGCUUCAUUUGUGGAAAAGUGAGAUUACGCUGAGCAUCGAUGCUUAUGUCUGUCUAUCGGGCGGUUACAUAGCAGACGAGUCCAGAGAUCCAAUAAGCACAAGGCCGACAUGGUCUAGUCCUAUUAAAACAUGGUACAUGCGCAGGAAUCAGCUAUGUUGUACAUAUGCAGACCCGAUGAGCUGUUUUCGCAUAGACAUACAGAUUGAAUAGCUACAUAUAGAAACAGGACGCAAAAAACAAGAGGUUUAUAUUACAAUAAGACAUCAACGAAACAGUCAUUGAGGCCGCCUAGACAAAACCAAUAUCAGCUUAUGCAG